UUCUGCAGACCUCUCACCUCUCUAUCUGCGCCCCGCUGUCUUCCUCUGGAGCUGCCAUGAUGCCGGUGGUGCUUUUCCUCCUGCUGUGGGCAGUGUCUGCGACCCCGCAGGUGCUGGACCAGCCGCUCAGUGGCCUGGAGGCGGCGCCUGACGACCUGUGCUCGAGGGACCUGGUGGCCGCCAACUUCUGCGGCAAUAAGCUGCGAAGCGCGCCGCCCUGCUGCGGCUCCUUCCUCCGUCUCUACCUGUACCGCAACAACAUUCAGGAGCUGGCAGAGGACUGGCUGGCUGAGUGCUCGAACCUCGAGGAGCUGAGCGUGUCCCACAAUGCGCUGCGGCGGCUCCCAGACCGCCUUCUGUCCACCGCCUCCAGCCUGCGCCGCCUGCAGGCCUCCCGCAACCAUUUGGACAUCCUGCCGCCCCGGCUGCUACACAAUGCCACCUCGCUGCGGGAGCUGGAUUUGAGCCACAAUAAGCUGAUGGAGGUACCGCAUGCUUUUCUGGAAAAAACAAGCCACCUCACCGAGCUCUUCCUGCAGGUCAAUAACCUGACGGACCUUCCCGAGGACUUGUUGGCGAGCUGUGGGAGUCUGCGGGUGCUGUGGCUCUCCCACAACCGUCUGAGGCGGCUGCCGAAACGCCUGCUGGCAGCCACGCCCCAGCUGCGCACCGCGCGCCUCGACCACAACCUCAUAGAGGACAUCGCUGGCGACACAUUUGACAACAACCCGCAACUCGACCUCCUUGAUCUGUCCAGUAAUAGCCUCACGUCGUUGCCGACAGGGCUGUUCAGCAAGGCCACGUCUCUGCGCCGCCUGCUGCUCGCCGACAACCUCCUGAGUGUGGUCCCGUCAGCCAGCAGUCUACCACAGCAGCCGGCGGUCAUCGACCUCACGUACAACCUCGUGCAGACUGCCGAGGUCUUGGUCGCGUUUGGUGCAUCGCGUGUGAUUCUCGAGUACAACAGCUUCUGGUGCCGCGACAACAUCUCAGCGUCCGAGCUCAGCAAAUCGGACAGGGCACAGAGAUGUCGCUUGUUUCGGCGGCGGCCUACCCGCUACGACAUCCCCGCUGGUCGCGUCACGGUCACUGAGUCGGGACUCCUCAACGGUGGAGUAGCCCAUGAUGCCACGAUCGAUUUUAGUACUACUGAUUCUGCUACUACGGUAUAUGUAAAACACGAAACCAUCACUGAGUCACCACCUACUUCAGAAACAGCAAUUCCAUCAACGACUGACACUGUAGGCUCAAAAGAUCUAAAUAUAGACGGGGAUCAUGUCACGCUCGAUUCUGGAUAUACCACAUCUGCGAGUACGAUUCCCGCAAGCCAGGACGUUGGUGCGAGUAACUAUGGAUCAACCAUAGACGUAAACUGUAGCACAGAACAACCGCAACGAACGUCAAUUUUGACAUCGUAGGAGAUACAAAAUCCGAAACAAGAGCAUCAUGAUAUUUCUGACAAAAUAUAAAACAUUCCAAAUGAGCACAAUGUCAGUGAAAGCAAUGGAAACAGUAGUGUAUAAUCAACUAGUACCGGUUAAAUGAACACUGGGGCAACGCAUUAGCCCUGGAACCAUAUUACCAACCUAAAAUAAACUAUUGUAAAAACCAAGUAUCAGAAUCUUCGAAAUUUACUGUCUGACCAGCUACAUAAUUGCAAACGUCUAAAUCGCUAUCUUUAUAGCUAACAGUUCUAAAUACUGACCUUACUGCAAUAAUCUCUAGGAAAACUUCCAAUUAUGGACAAACGCCGCAUCUAGAGGUGCUGUAAAAUAGUAGUUAUCAGCUUCAGGGUCAAUGGUCUCAAAAAAUUAAGAUAAAAGGAACAGAAUGUUCGUAGCAAAAGACGUCAAAACACCAAGCUUUAAAUUACAGUGCUCGCAGUUACCAGUUCUGAAGAUAUAAACUUCCACAUUUCUAACGUCAGUCUUGGAGCUGUGUGUACUAGUAGCACACGAGGUUUUUGCCCACUGUUAAAGAAGCUCCUAAACAUAUUGCUAAUUAGAAAUGAUAGUCUUCAAAUAACCAAUCUAAAAAUAGCCUGGAAUAACUGUUAUAUCAUUAUAAGGUUACAAACUGUUAAACUUGCAACUGUAUGCUGUACAACUGCCAACAGUGAAACAACAUGAACUACCUCGCCAGUGCUAGAAUUAAAAAUGUAAGAUGAGCUCU